AUGUUCUAUUUUGGAGUUCGUGGAUCGAACCACCAACAAGACGUCUCGAUCGACUUGUCGAUAGUAUCGGAAGGUCGACCGCCCGAGAGAAAGCACCUUGUCGAAGUCCAGGCCAUCGACCAAAAGCCUCGGGGUUCAGAAGUCAAAGUUUUCUCGAGAAUCUGGCCACGAUCAAUCAGCAUUCAAGAGAAGCCACUCGCAGACCUGUGGGCUUUGAGAAUGCGCUAUUCUCGUCCUUCAGACCCUGUCAAACCGUACAACGAGGGCCACCCAGAUUUUGCGGUGCUCGGCGACUCUGGAUUCAAAUAUGUGUUAGAGUCGGCUAUUGGAGUCCAUUUUCUUGACAUCAACAACUUCGACCGCGCCGACAAGGGCCAAACGUGUUGUAGAGAGAUCAAUUGGAUACCCGGGGAUCUCCACGAGUCUCUGGAGUGA